UGUACACACAUUCGUUUAAAUGGCAAGAAAUAACUGUAAAGAAGAAAACGUCGUCUGAAACCAUGCCCAUCAGUUAGCAAGUUAGUUUACGUUUUACGAAAAAAACAUUUGUUUUGCACCGUGACGUUAGAAAUAGGCGACUCUCUCCUGCGGUAGUGGAUCUCAGUUUGAGGUGACACCAUGCCUUUAGACCGUAAUGCGGCUCAACAUCUAAGUGUUUGACCAAGAAUCCACCAUUACUUCUGCUGCCAUGGGAACGACAAUGAGUGAGCCGUGUAUCUACGACAAGCUGUCAGAGAGCAUCGACAUCCUCAGACAGUCGGGCUACCGUUAUGGCAUGUCGGAGAGGGAGAUCGAGAGGUUCAUCAAGCAGGUCCUGGAGACCAACGAGCCCAGGAGAGAGCCUCCGCAGUUCCCCAUCCUGACAGCCACCAUCAAGUUUAUGGUGGUAGUUGGUUUCCUGCUUGUGGUGAUACUGGCCUUCACUUACCCUCAGAGUGGGCCACAGAUUGGUUUGGUCCACCUAGGCAGUUAUAACUGGUCGUCUCCCCUCAGUCAUGUCCGCCUGCUGUCUCUGCCCAUCGCCAAGAAAUACAACCUUCAAGGUUUCCAUGAGUGGUGGAGUGCAGGCACUUUACGACAGAAUCUAGUCAACUGUUCAGGCUGUGCAGAGAUCUCCUCUGUGCUGGAGGUCCCAGAGAGCCUUAGAGGGACGGUGACUCUUCGACGGGGGCCACAACUUGUCCUGCUGAAGGGUGGGGAGUCCCUCAGUGUCCAGCGGCAGCAGCUGGAGGAGCUCUAUUUAGCUCACUCAGGGUCCAUGUCCAUUCUGCUAGAGGAUGAUGACGAAAUUAUGCAGAACAACAACUUUGGCCUUCCUCAAGGACCCGCUAACUUCACCCUGCUCUGGAGGUUCAGCUCUGGAGCAAGGGAGAAGGUGUUGAGGUGGCUCUUCCCAAAAGCUGAGCUCUGCCCCCUACUGGACAGUGCUGGGACCAUCCUGCAGCGUUGCCUUGUCACCCACAGCACAGCUUCCCAGAGCAAGGGUGUCAGGGUAUUGGGCUGGCUGGUGGUUGGUGAGGGACUGCCAACAGUUCGAGUUCUGCCUGUUCAACGCUGUCAGAAACACUGCAGCUCCUUCAACCUGUGGCUGACACCUGGAGACAUGGUGUAUGCUGACCCCCGUUACUGGCAGAUGGAGCUGUUCCCUGGCCGAGGCCAGAACAUCAUCUGUGAUGGAUCGACCUUUUAAUGUCGGUGUGGAGUGAAGUGACGAACGAGAGUUCAGGAGUGGGACGACGCAGAUCAGCUGUGAAUGUCUGACUUCCCGCUGAGGCAUUUCGGAGUGCAUGAGCCUCCAGGUGGCCUCGUCCACUGAUGCCUUAUAACUUUGUUCCUCAGUGAACUUCUCGGAGAACUGGAGAACACUGCACUCAUAACUUUAACUUGUGGAAAAAUGGAUUUCCUACUGGAUGCAAGGGUGGCGGUCAGAGGUUUGACAAAUCACUUUAUGACAUUGUCCUCGUGUAUAACUGGAGAACACGAUCAGUCUGUAAACUCAGCGUUAAAAGCUCCGAUGUUCUGCCUGUCCUCGUGCCAUAGCUUCAACAGAACUCGACAACUAAAGAAAAACUUAAAUGCCUGUAUCUCUGUUUCAGAAGGUAGUGAAUAACUGUUGAGAGUGUUGGUCCUUAGCCUGGUUCCAGACAUGGUUAAUAAUUGCCCACAUCUCUGGUUUGUUCUGUCAUGACUUUAAGUGUAAUUGAGUGCAUGGACAUCAUCUUUUUGUCUUGAAGAUGUUUUGCAGCUGUGCAGGUUUUUGUACUGAUCAAUAACUCUUGAUUCACACUGGAUACGUUCCCUCGUGUUUUUAAUUUUCAGCACCAUCUCAGACUAAUAGAGAUUGGCUGAACGUCAGGGUUCCUGCAGCUGUUGUUUGAUCCUUUAAGUUCAUUUAUCAACUAAAAAUAACAAGCCAAAGCUCACUUUUCUUUAUGUUGCCUCCAUGUUCUCUCUGUCUUUUUGUAGUGCAUUAGUAUACUUUUGGUCAUUUUUUGGGUGUGGAAUCUAGGUUCUAUAAUACAUGCACAGUCUUUCACUGCUUUCUAAAGUUAAGAAAUACUUUUAGCAUUUCAUCUGGUUAAGGGGCCAGUUCACCCACAGGACAAAUAAGUACAUUUAAAAUUAGUUAUUACUAAGCUUACAUUUCUAGGUUACAAACCUCAACAAAUUUUUUGCUUGGCUGCAUUCUCUAAAUUUAUGUCUCAGCCUAUUCUAAUUGGAAUUUAGGUGAAAAGUUGGAAUUUGUUCGCAUUUUAGAGGUUUGUGUAACAAGGCAAUAAUCUAUUCAAAAAGUUAUUUAAAACAGCCAACAAAGUAAAUCUUAUUUUGAUACAUAAUUAACCUACAAAUUAAUUACUUGACAUCAACUAUCUACUGUUGAAUUUAGACACAGACAGAGAAAGAUUUGUCUGUAAUUUUGGUGAACUUACCCUUUAACAACCACUUACUGAGCUGACCUAUGUGGCAUCAGACACAAGUAACUGUUCAUUUACAUCCUUCAUGUCAUUUAAGAUUUUUUUAAUUUGACUUAAGAUUUUAUGUCCAAAGCUGCUCAGUAAUUUAUUGUUAUGAUUGUAUGUAAAUAUUUAUUAAAGCCAUUAAUUUGUGUGUUGUAAUAAACUUUUAAUUUCACUUAUUAGUACAACAUGCAGACAGAAGUCAGAUCAUCUAAGAUCUUUUUUUUUAGUUAAAGAAAUACUUGGUGCAUGAGUUUCUGUUGUGCAGAGAAAGUGACUAUUAUGAAAUCAGUUUGACAGUAAAUGUCUAUCACAUUUUAAUUUAUGCGUUUGAAAUGUGGCUCCUUUGUUUUGUUUUGAUCUAAAAAAUAUUUUAUUUCCAACAAAUCAAAAUGGUGAGUCUUCUGAAAUGAUUGAUUUGCCUGGAUUUAUCAUAGUUUUGAGAAAAUAAAAAACUUUUUGUUCCCA